UUUGUUUAGAGGUUUCUAAAAGAACAAAAUUAGAAGCUACAAAUUUUGUUUCAUCACAUUACCAAACAAUUUAUGGUUAUUAGAGAACUUGCAACAUUACGAAAACAAAAUACAAGAGAUUUGGAUCUAGAGUUUCAUUUUGAGCGAGCAAUAAGAUUACGACCUAAGGCUAUAUUGGAAUACAAGCAUAGCACCACUAUAUUGAAAUCUAGGCGUAGCACCGACCUACCGUCAGCUCGAAUGAAAGCAAAAACACGCGGCGUUGUGUGAUUUUUUUGUGGCGCGUUCAGAAGAUUGGCAUGUGUGCUUUUUUUGUGCAAAAAAAACAGUAAAAUGUGAAAAGGAUUGCUACAAAGCAGCUAGCAAGAAGCCUCGUGGCCUUCCGACGGGGCAAGUGGCGCUGUCCGAGCGAAGGCGAAGGCUGUCAAAAACAAUUUUGAUUUCACAUAUUUCCGAAACCAAGAUAAUGACAAAGGCAGCAAGAUCAUGUGGCCACCUCUGCGCUUUUCUGCAUGGCCAUCUUGUCCUCUCGCUAGGUGUCGAUAUGGCCCCUCAUCCAUGUCUUUUCGAUGAACCUCCAUUAAACCUCCACGGAAGAAAACUUCCGUUCUCCGUCACUCGCCCUCCGUGUGAAACAGAAGGCCCCUUCUCUUUCUUGCCUUCUUCCUUCUCGUCUCCACCGUCCGGCAACGUGCCCUUCCCCUCUUCUGCACCAACCGCAAGCAAACCGAAGACAGAGCUAUGGACCUCAUAAACAAGUUUAUGAACGUGGCAGCUCCACCUGCUGCUCUGCUCUUCUACUGCCUCUUCUCCACCCCCUACUCCCUGUUGAAGCUGCUCUGUUCCUUCUUCCACUUAUUCUUCAGUGAGAACGUGCGUGGCAAGGUCGUCCUCAUCACCGGCGCUUCCUCCGGCAUCGGCGAGCAAAUCGCGUACCAAUAUGCCAAGAGAGGAGCAUCCGUGGCUCUGGUGGCCAGGAGGGAAGAGCGCCUACAUGAAGUGGCCGAGAAGUCUCGCGAGCUUGGGUCGCCCGAUGUCCAUGUUAUUGCAGCCGAUGUUUCUCGAGCCGACGAAUGCAAACGCUUUAUCGACGAAACCAUCGACCAUUUUGGGAGAUUGGAUCAUCUUGUGAACAACGCUGGGAUUACCUGUGUCAGCAUGUUUGAGGAAGCGACAGACGUCACCAACUUCGGAGCAGUCAUGGAUAUCAACUUCUGGGGAUCUGUGUAUCCUACUUUCUAUGCAUUACCUCAUCUCAGAAGAAACAGAGGCAAGAUCGUCGUGGAUUCUUCCGCCGCUGGCUGGUUGCCGAUGCCCAGAAUGAGCUUAUACAACGCAAGCAAGGCUGCACUUAUAAGCUUCUAUGAGACGUUAAGGGUAGAACUUGGCCCCGAGGUGUCCAUCACAAUAGCAACACCGGGGUGGGUGGAAUCGGAGAUGACACAAGGGAAGUUCCUGAAUAAAAGCGGCGACAUGCAAGUAGACCAAGAAGUUAGAGAUGUUCAAGUGGGGCCUUUCCCGGUGGGUUACGCAGAAGAGUGCGCGAAAGCCAUCGUGAAUGGCGCGUGCAGAAAGAAGAGAUACGUGACAUGGCCAUUCUGGUUCAAGGUUAUGUUUCUAUACAAAAUCCUUGCUCCAGAAGUUCUGGAAUGGUGCUAUCGCAUUCUGUACGUCAAGAAACCAUGGUCUUCACAGCACCCCACCAGUAAGGUGAUUCUGGAUGCUACAGGAGCCAAGAACGUGAUGUAUCCUGAGUCGAUCAAAUCAGAUGAGACAAAGACAGAUUAGAGG